AUGCCACCUCCAGCCCCGGACGAGUCGCCCGUCAAUACCGGUAUCAGGGCCAUUAUGCCCGUACCAACAGAGAUGCCUGCAGCCUUCACUAAUCCCAUAUUAUCCCCGCCAAAUGCCGGCCGCGACGUUUCUUCUUCAUCUCCAGAAUUCACUCUUGCCCGGCCUUCGCUCGCCGCCUUGCAAUCACACGGCUCUUCAACAUCUUCUAUGAGCGCUGUUGGUGGAUUAUUACUUCGAGAUUAUGCUCGCACCGCGGACCCGUCUACCACAGAUCAAGACAUUCAUGUGAGCGAAGCACCAGUUGAGCGCCAGUCGGACGGAAUUGCUCCUGCCCAUCAACAAGUGGAAGAAGCGCAACGUUCAACAGCAGCAACAGCAGACAAAUCAGUUACUUCGGCACCUUCAACACCGUUUCUUCCCUUACGGUCAUUCCGCAAACACCGACAGAGCAGUUUAUCCAUAGAUACGAUACCACGGCAAACCAUCAUGAAGGCGCUAGCAUCCAGACCACCUCUAAGCCGCAAUACGCCAUCAUUCACUUUGGCCUCGUCGUUGAACGGCGUCUUGAAUGGAGCAGCUGCACCCAAUGGCGUUUCUCCGGAUGAGACGGAACAAAAUACAGCUAAUUCUCAAACGUUGUCAGCGGCUCUGUGCAACCUACAAUCACAGGCGAGUGCUUACUCAGACGGUCCCUUGGCGACAGCCCGACUACCGUUACAAUCGCCGUGCUUUUUCCAUCAACGCUUUGAUGAUGCAGUCAAUAUCCAGAAAGUAUUGGAAGAAAUAGCAGAUGAUGAAUGGCUAUCACAUUCACGUCUGGUACAGACGGCCACCGGAGUCAGAGAAGUGUCAAAACAGUUGCAACGACGACCUAUCAAGCGCGCCGUCAAGACUGUGAUGAUAGUCACCAAGGCGCGGGAUAAUCGUCUUGUCUAUUUGACCCGUGAACUAGCCGAAUGGCUUCUAAGUACCCCGCGGUACGGAAAGGAUGUAGGGGUUACUGUAUAUGUGGAUUCGAAACUGCGCAAUUCCAAAAGAUUCGAUGCUGCAGGCCUGCAGGCCAAGGAUCCUCGCUUCGAGUCGAUGUUGAAGUACUGGACUCCAGAUCUAUGCUGGACGUCACCAGAGAAAUUUGACUUGGUCCUCACGUUAGGCGGUGAUGGAACAGUCUUGUUCACAUCGUGGUUGUUCCAGCGCAUUGUUCCGCCCAUUUUAUCCUUUUCCUUGGGAAGCCUGGGCUUCCUUACCAACUUUGAAUUUGAAAAGUAUAAAGAACAUUUAAAUUCGAUCAUGGGCGACGGAGGAAUGCGCGUCAACUUGCGUAUGAGGUUUACCUGCACCGUCUAUCGGGCAGACCGAAGCAAAGGCGCCGCACCGGGUGACGUUGAGGAAGGAGAGCAAUUUGAAGUAUUGAACGAAUUGGUCAUUGACCGGGGUCCUUCACCUUAUGUAUCGAAUCUCGAGCUUUACGGAGACAAUGAGCUUCUGACGGUUGUUCAAGCGGAUGGUUGUAUCUUUUCUACACCGACAGGUUCUACUGCCUAUUCGCUUUCCGCCGGUGGCUCAUUGAUUCAUCCUUCUAUUCCUGGCAUCUUGUUGACACCCAUUUGCCCUCAUACACUCUCUUUCAGACCCAUGGUCCUCUCCGACACGAUGCUCCUACGUAUUGCUGUGCCCAACCUUUCGCGUUCUACGGCCUAUUGCUCAUUUGACGGCAAAGGCCGCAUCGAACUUCGACAAGGCGACUACGUUACCGUCGAGGCCAGCCAAUACCCCUUCCCGACCGUCGUCUCUGGCGGCGGCGAAUGGUUCGAAAGUGUCCGUCGCGCUCUCCGAUGGAAUGUCCGUGGCGCUGUCCAGAAAGGCUGGAACGGAGAUGUUUGCGAAAACGCCGAGGAUGGGGUCGAAGAGGGCAAUGUCGAUUUUGACAUUGACUUUGAUAAUGCUACGACCGGCACUGAUAGUGGUGUUGGUCCCAGUGAAGAUGGGGAUACAUACGGUACUGGACCCGGUAGUCCCAUGAGAAGACAGAUGAGUCUGUUGAGCGUGUAGUCUCGUCUUGUCUCACUCGUUUUACACACAAAUACCCUAUAACU